GUGGCGGUUUAGGUUUUGGGUGAUUUUGUCAUUUUUCAAGACUUAUUGGAGUGUACUUUUUUAAGCUAAACCUUGGGGUUGAAAAAUAUCCUUUAUAAGUCAUAACUAUGUGGUAUAAUUUGAAAGUACCACUAGUUUUAGAAAAUGAUAAAAAGACCCUAAGCCAUGAAGUUAUGGGUAACAACUAUUGUUCAAAUACCCGCCAAAACGUUUACUCGUCAGUCCGAGUUGAAAUGAAGCGAACUCAGCGAUUCAAACGUGUCGCAAGCUUAAAACCCGAUAAACCCAUUUCAACAACAACCGGUUCAGGCCAUGACUCGGAUACUCGGACGAGUCGCCGCUCCAAAUCAGUGACCAUUAGGUCCACUUCCGCCAAAUCCAAAAUCAACUCGGUUCCCAACUCAGUUCCAUCGUUUGAGAAAAUGACGAUUAUGCCCCCUCUGUUCUUUCAAGUUGAUGCUCUUGAUCUUGCGCCUCGUUUGCUUGGGAAGUUUCUGAGGAGAGACGACGUCGUUCUCCAGAUUACUGAGGUAGAAGCUUAUAGGCCAAAAUCAUGCCAUGGUAGAUUUAGAAUUACAGCAAGAACAGCCCCAGUUUUUGGUAAAGGAGGGCAUGCAUAUGUCUAUCUUUGCUAUGGUCUGCAUACAAUGCUCAAUGUUGUUGCUGAUAAGGAAGGAGUUGGGGCUGCUGUUUUAAUCCGAUCCUGUGCCCCCAUGAGCGGGUUGAAGACCAUUCAGCAGCGUCGAGGACAAAUAACUGAGAAACCUGUUCUUCUCACUGGUCCUGGAAAGGUUGGACAAGCUCUAGGAAUUUCUACAGAUUGGUCUAAUCAUCCCCUUUACAUGCCCGGUGGUUUAGAGCUCUUAGAUGGUCCAGAGCCUGAGAAGAUAUUGACUGGUCCUCGUGUUGGCAUCGAAUACGCCUUACCUGAGCAUGUUAAUGCCUUGUGGAGAUUUGCUAUUGCUGAUACACCUUGGAUAAGUGCUCCUAAAAACACACUGAGGCCUCCAUGAUUUUGGAUUCUUGGCGGCAAGGAAUUCUAUG